UAUCACUCCUUUCAACCACGUGGAUUGGCCUCCUUGAAGACCGACCACCUCCUUCAGCUAUAAGCCCUCUCUCUCCCUUCCUCGUUACAGAAGAACCCAAGUACAGUUUCGCACAGAGCCAACUUCCAAAGUUCAGUUUCACCAAAAGCCAUUCCAAAUUUAUAUAUAGCUGUGCCUGAGCUGCAGGAUCGCAUCAUGGGUUCAGCCACCUUCCUAGAGAUCUUACUGGCGAUCCUCCUUCCACCAGUUGGUGUCUUCCUUCGCUAUGGCAUAGGGGUGGAAUUCUGGAUUGACUUGUUGCUGACUAUAUUGGGUUACAUUCCAGGGAUUCUAUAUGCGAUUUAUGUGUUAGUGAUAUAGUUUAAAAGAUUAAUUUACUAAAAUGUACCACCACCUUCUUUAUUUGUGGUUUUAAGUCACUACUGGCUUA